UUGUUUGCCUUUGGAGCGAAUUGGGGUUGCUCCUUGUAGUGUCUUUCAGAUUGGCGGGACUGAAGGCUGUUGAUAAUUGAGAGUUGAGAAUGUAGUGGUAAUAUGCACUGAUGUUUUGUGUUAGUCGGUUGGGUAUCGUGCUGUGCUGUGUGCUCUCUGCAAUUGCAAAUCCUGGUCAAAGGGUCAGCCAUGACAUGAAGUCUCAAAUUUCAGAGUUUCCUCAUUCGUAUAGUCGUAUUUUGAAAUUUUUUAUGCCCGUAUGGUCUGUAGCCUGAACCAUGAGUCCAUGAGAGUCCUUGGCUCCUUGCUCGCACCCCGGACUGCAGCCAACAAGUGAUUCAGGUAGAUCAAUAGAUAGUUAUUAGAGUUCAAAGACUGCUGCUAACUAGCUCAGUAGCUCAUCAUAGCCUCGUGCUGUAAUACUAAACAGCUUGGUCAUUUUCAUUAGAACAGACGUAGCCAUGUUAGUCAUUGCUUAUUAUACCAAGUACCAACUUGAUUAUUGCUGGUGUGUAUGUCUAGUUCAUUAUCUCAAUCAGUAUGCUGGUGAUAUGUGCCAUCAAUUAUCUACCUAUAGUUCACAUGGCCCUUCACGCGGCGUGACGUGGGCGCGUGGCUUGAGCAGGUUGGGCGAGUUUGGCUCCGCCCCAUGCCGAGAUCGUGUCUCAAGCAGCAGAUCCGAUAAAAUCGAAUCUUGUUUCUCUCUUGAAACUUGGAAAUGUUGUAUGCGGGUUUUGGGGAAGUUUUGAGUGCAAAUGAUUUAUGUGGUGCAAAGGUGCAAACAUCAAACCAUAGGAGGCAUUUCUAAUGAAAACAGGUUUCAACUGGUUUUGUGCAAAGAGUUAAUGUGGGGAUCUGAUGUGUCUUGGUAAGGACAAUUUUGAUGUUUGCACCUUUGUGACUUUGUCCAUGGCACAAACCGAGCAUUUGCACUCAAAAUUCGCUGAAAUACAAAGUGCUGAAUCGGAGACUCUAACCUGGGUGGCCAAGUUCCUCACUGAUACUCCCAAUAGACGUAGUACUCGACAUUGCGUCCUGCCAUCCCAUAGUAUUAUUGCCUUGGGAAACAAAUGAUUUCCGUUCGAACUACAGGAAAGAAUUCAAAGCCGGCAAAAACUACAACUGGCUAGUCCGAAGGAGUAUACAUUCCUUUUGCAGCCCUGCCGGCCAUCUCACUAGUCACUAUAAACAGAAUCUCCAAAGCUCUGUGCCCGUCGCAUCAUCCUCGUCGGCGACCGCGUAGCAUCUCAAGUCCAAUGGCGCCACCCCUGUACGCGUCGUCGGCGAUCAUGUCCGCCGCCACCCUGCUCCUCGCCGUCCUCGCCGCGGCGCGGGACCACGACGCCUGCGAGACGGCGCAGCAGGCCUUCAGCGAGGGCGUGCCGUACGUGGUCGGGCAGGCGCCCGCGGCGUCGCCCAACUGCUGCACGGGCCUCGGCGACCUCAGGGACAUGGGCGGCAGCGGCGCGGCGGCGGCGGCGGCGCAGCGUCGCGCGCUCUGCGCCUGCGUCCUGUCGGAGGUGAAGGCCGCCGGCGCGAUGGACCCCCGCCGCGCCGCCGGGCUCGCCGCCGCGUGCAAGGUCCCCGUCGGCUUCAUCCCGACCAAACCCGGCUUCGACUGCUCAGCGUAAGGGCGCGUCGC